CAAAGAUCGUAGCAUCCUCUAAAUCAUUGACACAAGGACAAAAGUCACAGAAGUAUAUCCGCCCGAGGGAUAGGUUGCAGAAAGCUUGAGGUGUGCGCUUGGCCACCACUUGCGAUUAUGACUGGGAAGUUCCGAGCUGCUCUUCAACACUUCACCCUUCACGUAACUACCUGAAUAUCACAGCCCAGAGGUUAUAUUCAUCCGUCACCCCUGCUGAUGUUUGUACGCACCCGAGGCACCUUGGGAUUUGAUCCGGGCGUGCCGGGACAGGGGCUAUGCUGCCCGCCGGCUUCCGCUUCUACUUACCCCACUUCCCCGCCCAUUGCCCGGGCCCGGGGAACCCACAUCUUACGUGAGCCGGCAAAGUGACAUCGGGGCGGCCGCCGACUUGGCCGAUCAGUCAACACAUAACUAGCUUGACCAUAUCCAUUUUCCCUUCUUCAUUCUCACAGAAGGCUCCAUCACACUCACCCAUAACGGGAAACAUGGUGUCCUUUCAAGGAAAACAAGUCGGCAAUAUAGGCUUCGGCCUGAUGGGCCUGACAUGGCGAGCAUCUAAGCUAUCGGACGAGGAAAUCUUUGCCGUCAUCAAGGCCGCUCUCGAUGCCGGCUGCAACUACUUCAACGGCGGCGAGUUCUACGGCCCUCCAGACCACAACUCGCUUACCGUGCUCAAGCGUUACUACGACAAAUAUCCAGAGGAUGUAGACAAGAUCCUCCUCAACGUCAAGGGCUGCAUGCUUCCGGGCUUGCUGGCGGACUCCUCGCCUGAAGGUGUCCGGGCCAGUAUUGAGAACUCGGUCCGCCUGAUCGGGGGCAAGGGAAGGAUCGAUCAGUUCGAGGCGGCCCGAAAAGACCCCAAGGUGGACAUUGAAGUGACCAUGAAGGCCAUGAGCGAGCACAUUCAGGCCGGGGAUAUCAGGGGCAUUGCGCUGAGCGAGGUCAGCGCCCAAACGAUCCGUCGAGCUGCAAAGGUGGCCAAGAUCACGGCCGUUGAGGUGGAGCUGUCCAUCUGGAAUACCGAGCCUCUCGAGAACGGCGUGCUUGAGGCUUGCGCCGAGCUUGAUAUUCCUGUUCUUGCAUACAGCCCACUUGGCAAGGGCUUCUUGACUGGGCAAGUCAAGUCCUUUGACGAUAUCCCCGAGGGAGACUUCCGGAGGAUGUUGCCUCGAUUCCAGCCUGAAGUUUUUGAGACCAAUCUUCGACUAGUUCGGAAGGUAGAGGAGCUCGCGGCGAGAAGAGGAUGUACACCAGCUCAAUUCGCCAUCAACUGGACAUUGGCCCUUUCGAAACGGCCUGGGAUGCCGACGAUCAUCCCCAUCCCUGGUGCCUCAUCGCCGGAACGCGUUCGCGAGAAUGCUGUGGAGAGAGAGCUGACAGAGGAGGAUAUGGCUGAUGUGGAAAGGAUCUUUAAGGAAUUCGCUCCGGUAGGCGACAGAUACCACAAGCACGGCAUGGAGCUCCUCGACAAAUGAACUCUCAAGAUGUCCAUAGAGGUAGGUAAUAUGGAGGGUUUCGAUCUACGGAUCUUGUGGAGGACUGUUCACGACAGUGGAUGAUGGGAUUAAGAACUUGCUACAAGUAAAAGUACCUACAAGAGAUUGCUCAUGGAUCCUCAAAGCGGUGCUUGUGUGCCUGGGCCUGUGCGGUUCUUAAGGGCUCUCGGGCGCCCGGGGACAUCCCAUGAGAUUGUGGUGCCUGCAGGAGGUGGUUUCGUCUUGAUCCUGGCGCAACCAGAUGGAAACGCUAGAGGUAGGUUCUUCCGUCUAUUCUCGGUAACAAAGCCACCUCACAUCCAGCGCCCUGCAAUAGACCUCUCGUGUUGGUAGCGCUAUCGC